GGGCAGAGCCCACCACCGGCACGCCACAAAGGAACCGGCCCUGCCAAUGUCAUCGGCCAUCGAGAGGAAAAGCCUCGAUCCUUCCGAGGAGCCGGUGGAUGAGGUGCUGCAGAUCCCCCCGUCACUGCUGACAUGUGGGGGGUGCCAGCAGAACAUCGGGGACCGCUAUUUCCUGAAGGCCAUCGACCAGUACUGGCACGAGGAUUGCCUCAGCUGCGACCUGUGCGGCUGCCGCCUUGGCGAGGUGGGCAGGCGCCUCUACUACAAACUGGGCAGGAAGCUCUGCAGGAGAGACUAUCUCAGGCUCUUUGGCCAGGAUGGGCUGUGUGCCUCCUGCGAGAAGCGGAUCCGUGCCUACGAGAUGACCAUGCGGGUGAAGGACAAGGUCUAUCACCUUGAGUGCUUCAAGUGUGCUGCCUGCCAGAAGCACUUCUGUGUGGGGGACAGGUACCUCCUCAUCAACUCAGACAUCGUGUGCGAGCAGGACAUCUACGAGUGGACUAAGAUCAACGGCAUGAUCUAGCACGGACGUGCCUGGCACUCUGUGACAGACACCUCCCGGGCCCAGCUGCACCCAGGACAUCAUCCCUUGGGCUGCGGGCUUUGAGAUGGGGGGGAAACACCACGCAGUAGGCCCUUGGCAGGCAGUGCUAAGUAGAAUGUAAACUACACCCAGGUGAAGGGGGGCGAGCAAAGCAAUAGUAGCUAGACUGACUUGUGUUCACAGUACGGACAGGAACUGACAUCAGCUUGCAGCCGGGGACAGACACAGCACCAUAACCCAUCCUCCCAACUGGAACAGAGUAGGGACUUCUGUAAAGAGACUUUAUGACGUUGUCACCUGCAGACUAGGAUUGUGCAAUUCGGUUUUCUUUCUGUCUUGUUUUCAUUACUGAGUCUAGAUGACAAGCCCCCGCAGUAGGCGUGACGAGGAAUACUGGAAGGAAGGAGCCAUCCCUCACGUGGUCAUUCCAUAUGGCCUUACACUUUGGGUGGGAGUUAUUUUUGCAUGGAAUUUUUCUUUUUC